UGACAGAGUCUCCACAGCUUUGAACUAUUAUUCCAUCUGUUCAUGGCAGCAUCAGCUCUCACAGUAAGAAAAGAUGAUUCUGGAAAUAGAUUGAAAGAACUACAAUAAAAAGAAGAAGUUGAGAACCACAGUAAAAGGUAGAUCGAGCCACUCGAGUUUUCUCAAUCUUUAUUGAAGCAGAUAAAAGAAAUAUGCACACAAGAAGAACAAAAAGAAACACACAGCACCUGCACGUAAAUGUCCCCACAAAGGAAAUAAAGCCGAUAGAAUCCACAGCAAGCAGUGUGCAUGAAGAAGAAGGAAAGCUACUUAUUCCAUGGCUUCUUUUUACUCCAACUGCUGGAGAUAUAAUAUGGCUACAUCGAUCGCCAUGGCAGAGAGGCAGGCAAACGGCAAGCUCUUCUGCCAUGGUGAUCCUGCGUUUGGCCCCUUCGUUCUCCCUGGUUCGCAGGCCUACCACCGUCUCCAUGCAGCACUCCGAUCUGAACACCCAGAGAAAACGAUGGAGGCAGCCUCAUGUGUUCUUGGAUACGAUGGACACCACCUUGUGCCAAUCCCACAAGGACUCGCCCCUGUUCCCCCCUCUGAAUCAGAGUGUGUUGGCAAUCAUAUGUGAUGAUGAGCCAGGGACAAAGCUGUACCCAUUGACCAAGAGAAGAUCCAAGUCUGCCAUCCCCGUGUCUGCACAUUACAGGAUCAUUGACUUUGUGGUGAGCAACUGCAUCAACAGUGACAUCACGAAGAUGUAUGCUCUAACUCAGUUUAACUCUACCUCUCUAAAUUCUCACAUAUCGAGAGCUUAUUCUGAUGUUAAGCUGGGGAAGGAUGGUUUUGUGGAGGUGUUGACUACAUAUCAGAGCGCUGAGGACCUCAGUUGGUUUAAGGGAAAUGCUGAUGCGGUCAGGAGAUGGUUGUGGCUGCUGGAAGAGCAUCAGGUGAAGGAUUUCUUGGUUCUCCCUGGUCACCAUCUCUACGAGAUGGAUUACAGGAAACUGAUCAAGGCUCACAGAGAUAACAGAGCAGAUAUAACUAUUGCGAUGGCUAACAACGAUCGAAACUACGAUGCAAGUCAUGAUUUCCUUCUGCACACCAGCAAAAACCAGUUUCAUGGUCUGAUGUUAGCACCAGCUUCAGUUCACAGUCCAUCUGCAGCAGUCACAACCACAACAAAAUACCCGGUUUCGAAUGCUGAGAACAUGGGGAUAUAUGUCAUCAGAAGGGAUAUUUUGAUCGAACUUCUGCAGGAGCAGCUACCAAAGGCAAAUGAUUUUGGAACAGAAGUAUUACAGGGUGCAAUUGCCUUGGGAAUGAAGGUUCAUGCUUAUAUGUUUGAUGGACAUUGGAAUGAUCUCAGAAAUAUCGAAGCAUUUUACCAGGUCAAUAUAGAGAGCAUAACUAGAUCGAUGAGCACCAACUUCCAUGGCAGGCAUCCUGCAAUCUACACAUUGCCAAAUUAUCUGCCACCAACGACAAUAUCCAAUGCACUCAUAAAGGACAGCAUUAUUGGUGAUGGUUGCCUCCUAAAUAGGUGCAAGAUCAGUAACUCUGUGAUUGGCACGCGAACAUAUGUCGGUGAUGAUGCAGUGAUCAAGAAAUCUGUGGUUAUGGGCAGUGACAUCUACGAGGCAGAUGUGAGUUGGAACACGACAAAGAUGCAACGCUCAGAAAUCCCAGUUGGAAUUGGUGAAAAGGCUCAUGUUCAGAACGCGAUAAUUGAUAAGAACGCGAGGAUAGGAAAGAAUGUCAAGAUUGUAAACAAAGAUGGUGUCCAAGAGUGUGACAGAGAGGCAUCUGGAUACAUCAUAUCUGGAGGCAUUGUUGUUGUCCUCAAGAAUGCAGUCAUACCAGAUGAUAGCAUCCUAUAAUUCCUCCACAUAGUUUAGCUCAGAUUUGUUGUCGAAUUUAAUUAAAUUUUGGCCAAACAAGGAAUAGAAAUUUAUAGAGAAAUAUUGGCAUACAAAAAAUUUAGGAGCCAAAGUCACUGUUUUGAUCCAUGUAUUUUCCUCAUAUGAGGGAACACAAAAAAAUUUUAGUUCAAUAAAGAGUCAUA